GAUAGGAAGUUUCUAAAACAGAGAAAGCUGUGUCACGAAUCUCUCACAUAACUCUACGCUUCUUCUCUUACCGGGACGAAUAUUCCCUAAAGUUAUGGAUAUUUUCAAGAAUCCAACUUUUUCUGUGUAAAUAAUAAUUGAAAAGAUGGAAAGAUUAUGUGAGGUUUGCAAAGCGUAUAGAGCAGUUGUUUAUUGUAUAGCAGAUGCAGCGAAUCUGUGUCUAACAUGUGAUGCAAAGGUUCAUUCAGCUAAUGCACUCUCGGGAAGACAUUUACGCACACUUUUAUGUGGUUUUUGUAAGAAUCAGCCUUGUGUUGUUCGAUGUUUGGACCACAAGAUGUUUCUUUGUAACGGAUGUAAUGACAAGAUCCAUGGUGUUGUCUCCUCUAAGCAUGUUAGACACGAUGUGAGGUGUUAUACGAGGUGUCCUUCUGCUAAAGAUUUCGCGGUUAUGUGGGGUUUUCGAGUUAUGGAUAACGAUGUUUCGUUGGAGAAGUCUUUUGUGAUGGUUAAACCUAAGGUGCAAAGAGAAGCUGGUUUUAUCUUGGAACAGAUUCUUGAAUUGGAGAAGCUUCAGCUCAGGGAAGAGAAUAAGGACUUGUCAUUGACAGAACAUAAUGAUCCAUCUCAAUUAGAGCUUCCGAAACAAUAUGAAGAAUGUUUACUUGAUCUUCCUCAGACAGGAAAAGAGCUGAUUGUAGACUUUUCACACUUGUCUUCAUCUUCCACACUUGGUGAUUCCUUUUGGGAAUGCAAAAUCCCAUUUAAUAAGAACAAUCAGUUGUGGUAUCAAAACCUACAAGACAUUGGAGUUUGUGAAGAGACAGUUUGUGAUGACGAUGACUUCCAUAUACCUGACAUUGAUCUCACUUUUCGAAACUUUGAAGAACUUUUUGGAGAUGAUCCAGAUCCAAUAGCAGACAACAACUCGUGUGAGGUCUCUUCUUCACCUUCCAUAGUUGCACCCAAACCAGCUUCCCCAUCUCUUCCAUUCUCAAGAUCCAACGGUGGAGGAAGUACACAUUACUCUCACAACCACUCAGAGGAAGUAAUCUCAUUUUGCUCCCAUCUCUCUAACAAUGCACGUCAAAACGCUAUAACAAGGCUCAAGGAGAAGAAGAGAGCAAGAACAGAGGAGAAACAAGCUUAGUAUGGUCUCAAAAAAAGGAAGAUCAACGCGGUUGAAUUGCAUAUCUUUCUUCAGUACCAUGCUUUUGUACAUAAGACACUAAUCUAUAUCUAUUUUACAUGAUUCAGUUUCCUUGCAUGCAACUGUAAGUUAAGCUGGGAUCCUAUUUAUCAUUUGUUUUCCCCAUCCAAUUUGUAAUCACUGGUUUCCACCAAAUUUCACCGGAAAUUAACUUUAUCCGUAAUGUCAAAUCAAAAGUUUACUUAACAGACAAUGAAAUUGACAUUUGUGUUACCAAAA